UUCUCUGCCUACUUCUCUGUCUCUCUUUUUCUUAACACGAGAUAGAUAUUAGAAUCUGGUUUCUGGUUUUCAUUUUCUUUCCAUUUAUGGGUUAAUUUGCUUCUUCUUGCACGUUAUAGUUUUCCAAAUUGGGUAAGCUCCAAGGUAGCUUCUUCGAUAUUAAAUUUUUUUUUUUUUUCAUUUUCUGUAGCCAUAUGUUUAUUUUCCCGAGAAAUUUUAUCCACACCCAGAUCUUUAAAUCUCAACUCGGAGUCUCUGAUACUUAAUAAACCCACUCAUGCUUUAGUUCCACCAAUUCUGGAAAACCAAUAGAUUUGUUUUCCUUCUUCUGCAAAAUCUCAGAAAUACCCAAAUAAAAUUCUCUUUUUAAGACUCACUACCCAGAUCUUGCCUAGAUUUUUACUAUUGAUUCCCUUGAUUUUCUCAUUUCUUUUCCAAAAGUUUCAAACUUUUUAAGAUUCCUUGAAGUGGGUCUUAGCAAUGCUUCAAAGAAAUUCCGAUGAUUUCUCUAAUCAAAAUAAAAAUGAAGUAUUAUUUGACAGUGAUUGUUGUGUUCUUCCUUUGAUUCUCUUAGUCUUAGCUCUUCAAUAAACCCAAUUUUUUUUUAAAACAUUUUGGGAUCUUAUUGAGCCUAAUCCCGUAAAUCCGUUGAACCAUGUCGGUAUGACUUGUUCUUGCAAAUCGUAAAACAACCAAAAGAAACAAAAAAAACAGAGCUAGUUAUUUUUGUUUUUCUGGACAUGGAGAUUCUGAGACCGACGACGUCGCACGUGUCCGGUGGGAACUGGCUCAUGGAAGAGACGAAGAGCAACGUCGCCGUCGCAGCUUCUGGCGAGGUUGCUACGUGGACGGCGGCGGAGAACAAGGCAUUCGAAAAUGCUCUGGCGGUUUACGACGACAACACUCCCGAUCGGUGGCAGAAAGUAGCGGCGGUGAUUCCGGGAAAGACCGUGAGUGACGUCAUCAAACAGUAUAAUGAGCUGGAAGCUGACGUCAGUAGCAUUGAGGCCGGUUUAAUCCCGGUUCCUGGCUACAUCACCUCGCCUUUCACUCUGGACUGGGCCAGUGGCGGCGGCGGCGGAUGUAACGGGUUCAAACUCGGUCACCAGGUAGGUAAUAAACGUUCGCCGGCCGGUAGAUCGCCGGAGCUGGAGCGGAAGAAAGGCGUUCCUUGGACAGAGGAAGAACACAAGCUAUUUCUAAUGGGUUUGAAGAAAUACGGGAAAGGAGAUUGGAGGAACAUAUCUCGGAACUUUGUGAUAACUCGAACGCCAACGCAAGUGGCUAGUCACGCCCAAAAAUACUUUAUCCGGCAGCAUUCCGGCGGCAAGGACAAGAGACGAGCAAGCAUUCACGACAUAACCACCGUGAAUCUCGAAGAUGAAGCUUCUUUGGAGACCAACAAGAGCUCCAUCGUCGGACAAGAACAGCGUUCAAGGCUAACCGCGUUUCCUUGGAGCCAAACGGACAACAAUGGAACGCAUGCGGAUGCCUUCAACAUAACGAUUGGAAACGCUAUUAGUGGCGUUCACUCGUACGGACAGGCUCUGCUUGGAGCGUUUAACAACGCAGAUUCUUGCUACGACGCGCAGAACACAAUGUUUCAGCUAUAGCGCGAGUGGUGAUCGAUCUCUAAUUAAAGGGUGUAAGUUAAAUUCUUAAUUUUUCAUAUGGACGAAACAAUCGUAUUUGAAAAUUGUAUAAUAAACGUCCAUUGCUUUAAUUGAUUCCAAAUUUAAAAUAGUUGAUUAAUAAAA